AUGGCACUUCUGGGCAGUCGUGUUGCCUUGCGGGGCCUGCCGGGAGCUGUCAUCUUCUGGCCCCUCUGCGGGACCUCUAGCACCCUCAGAAGCCCCGCUGGACUGGGGGCCUGGUCCCCUAGGCUCUACAAUACACCACUUCAGUCCCCUCGGCACUCCUCCAUAGGUCUUUGUGAUGCCCCAGAGCCUUCUGCUGCUCGUCCAGCCUUCUUAGGAGCCCCCUGGUCUCCAGAGGACCACUUUCCCCCCGCAGUAGCCCCCUUAUCACGUCUGGACUCUGCCUGGAAACCCUCCCGAGUCCAUCAUGGGGCGGGGAAGUGGCGAAGCAGCAACAGCAGAUGCUGGGGCCUCGCUGGGAUGCCUGGAGAGCCACAGGAUGGCCGGAGCUGGGCGCACCCUUCCUGCGCCCUACCCUCGCUGCGUGACGGAGGGGACUGCAGGCCCCUGCGGCACACCUCUGCUCUUGGGUCUCGGCUGAGCUGUGGGAGUGGGAGCAUCAUUAAUGACUUCCGAAAUGCCUUGUUUGGCCACGGCUGGAAGCGGCAGCUCCACCAGCUUCCGGAUGUCGUCAGUGGACUGCCCGUCCAGCAUGGCUCGGGGUGCCCCCAGUGCCAGCGCCUUCCGCCAGAGAUUGUUUCUUUCCGGAUCCCAACAGCCAGAAGGGACCAUGGCGCGGCCACCAAUGCAGCUCCCACUGCCUGGGCCCUGGGGCUCCCCGGUGCCCCAGCUUUUCCAGCCAUUCGUGCUCCCCAAAACCUUCUACCCUCGAGGCAGGGACCGACCCCAACCCCUGCAGCCCAGGGACGCUCCUGCGGGGCAACAGCGGAGGUGACCGCCGGCCAUCGCUCCUGUCUCUCUCUCUUAGGCUCAGCCAACUUGUGCCACCUGCCCGUGCGGGAGCAGCCCUUCCCUGCAGCCCGGGCACCCCAGGCACCACCAGCAGGUCUGCAGAGGGCUCCAUGUGGCUGCCUCUUCGACCCCCGGGUCUUCCGCAUCCAGUGGACAACCACCGACCUGCCUCCUCCGGCCACCGCCACGCUCGGCCAAGGCUCCGCUUCUCUGCCGGGUGCUGCCCUGCGGGGUCCCUGGGGCUGCGGGGCCCCCCUGAGGACAGCCAUCCCCGGCUACCAGCACAUCGAGGGGCAGUUGGCGAAGAUCAACAUCUCCAGCACGGCCACCCCUGCGGGGGCACCCCCGGGCAGCGACAUCCCCCCGGGGAGCGACAUCCCCCCCAGCCAAGGCCUUGGGGAGCCUGCAGAUGACCUUGCCGUGGCUGAGAAAGUGGCUCUCCAAGAGGCCCUCAUGCUCUUUGAUUGCUCCCUGGACGGGCUGGCGGUCAGCCAGCAUGCUCCCAGCAGCAGCCCCACGCCUGGGGACACUGGUGGCACCGGCGCAGCCACCCCCGACUGCGACUUCAGCUCGCUCUCGCUGCCUGAGGAGCUGCUCACCCCUGACUACUGCAUCCCUGAGCUCAGCAACGCCAUGCUGAGACUCAAAAUAUUCAACAGCGGCAGGAUGGAGCCCCAGGAGCCGUGGCAGGAUGCGGGGAUGGACCUGCCACCAUCCCCGCCUGCCGUGGCAGACAAGCCGAGGAAGAGGCAGGCGCAGAGUUCCUUGCCAAUGCCACCCAGCAAGCGCAGGACUCUUGCAGCCAACGUGGGGGUGUGAGGGGGGGGGCGGGGA